CUUGUGAGAACCUGGGAGGAAGGCAGAAGAAGCACUUUGCUCCCAGGUUGUGGAGAACGCGCAAGGAUGGCCCCCACCAAAAAAGGGAAGGGGAAAAAAUCAGCAAAGCAAAAGAAAAACACUGGGCCAGAUGAGGAAAAGUACAGAAAAGCAGUGCUGGAGGUUGAUACCUUAAAGCAGCACCUUGUUCUCCGGAGGGAUAUGGCCAGACAGGCGAUGGCUGACAGUGAAGGACUCAAGCAGAGGCUGCUAGAUCUGGAGAAAGAACUGGAGGAGGCUCGAGGGGACAAAAAAGAUAUUUAUGAAGAGAUGAUCCGCAAGUACCAGCAGCUUCAGCACCAGACUGAUACCCGGAUCCAUCGUUUAGAAGCAGAGACGCAGAACUUGCAAGCACAACUUGCUGCCUGCCAAGGUGAUCUGCUACAAAGCCAGCUGGACCAGGCAAGGAUGCUGGAAGAGAAGGACAAGGCCGUGGCCGAGAUGCAGCGCAAGGUUGACGAGAUGGAGACAGAAUAUGAAAAAAUCCUUCAUGGCAGCCUGGACUGCGUCCUCUCCAAACUGCAAAGUGCCAAGCUCACCUGGGAGAAGGAGGCUACUGUCAUCCACAUGGACUAUAAGCACCAGCUGAAGGACUUUGGUCUUAAUCCAUUGUACAUCUGAAGGGAGAGGUCAUCAGAGCAUGGGCCACCCACCUCCUACCUAAUCCUCAACUCGGUUUGAUAUUGUGACUUCAACUGCUAUCAACCCCCAAAUGUGGAGGAAUAAUAAAGAGUGUGUCUGAGCGCA